AUGGCUGAAUUCGUUCGUGCUCAGAUUUUUGGGACCACCUUCGAGAUUACCUCGAGGUACUCGGAUCUCCAACCUGUUGGAAUGGGUGCUUUUGGACUUGUUUGCUCCGCCAAAGACCAGCUCACCAGCGCCAAUGUCGCCAUCAAGAAAAUCAUGAAGCCCUUCAGCACUCCCGUACUUGCCAAGAGAACAUACCGAGAGCUCAAGCUGCUGAAGCACUUGAAGCACGAAAAUGUUAUCUCCCUCAGUGACAUCUUCAUCUCUCCGCUGGAAGAUAUCUACUUCGUCACCGAAUUGCUCGGCACCGAUCUCCAUCGCCUCCUCACCUCUAGACCUCUUGAAAAGCAGUUCAUCCAGUACUUUUUGUACCAGAUCAUGCGCGGACUGAAAUACGUGCACUCGGCCGGCGUUGUCCAUCGCGAUUUGAAGCCAAGCAACAUUCUGGUCAACGAAAACUGCGAUUUGAAGAUUUGCGACUUCGGUCUGGCUCGCAUUCAAGACCCCCAGAUGACGGGUUACGUUUCCACGAGAUAUUACCGCGCACCCGAAAUUAUGCUCACGUGGCAAAAGUAUGAUGUUGAGGUGGAUAUUUGGAGUGCCGGUUGCAUCUUCGCUGAGAUGCUUGAGGGCAAGCCCCUUUUCCCUGGAAAGGACCAUGUCAACCAGUUCUCCAUCAUUACUGAACUCUUGGGCACGCCCCCUGAUGAUGUUAUCAACACCAUCGCCAGCGAGAACACCCUGAGAUUUGUCAAGUCCCUUCCCAAGCGCGAACGACAACCGCUGAAGAACAAAUUCAAGAACGCCGAUCCUGCUGCCAUCGAUCUUUUGGAGCACAUGCUCGUGUUCGAUCCCAAGAAGCGGAUAACGGCCACCGAGGCGUUGUCCCACGAAUACCUGGCACCAUAUCACGAUCCUACCGAUGAGCCAGUUGCCGAGGAGAAGUUCGACUGGAGCUUCAACGACGCUGAUUUGCCAGUUGACACAUGGAAGAUAAUGAUGUACUCGGAAAUUCUGGACUAUCACAACGUCGAGGCCGGCAGUGUUUCCAUGGAGGGUCAAUUCGCGGGUCAAUGAGCUCGGAAUCGGGAUCCGGCAGGGUGGGUAAUACACAGAAGGAGCAUCCAGGUGCCGAUAUGGGUGGUCCUGUGUGAUGGUUGCUACCAACUCGACAGCCACGUCUCGUGGGUUAUUUUGAGUGCCCUUUUCUUUUCUCGGCGUUUUCACUGAGGAGUCUGUCUCGAGUUGUGACCUGCAUGUCUAAAGCAACAAAAUGGGCGAGUUUUAAUGGGCAUGGCAUAGGGGCUGCUGGAGAAUUCACUUUCGAAAGAAGGUUCAACAGGAAGAACCCGGGAGACCAGUACACGAAAGGAGGGAUGGUUCAUAUCUUUAUCUCAUUGUUCUUGCUGGAUAUGGUAUAAGGCGCGUGUCUAGAUGGAUGGGGGUUGUGGGGUUCACAUGAGAGGAGCCGAACUUAGCAGAUUUUAACGAUGAUGACCAUGAUUUCGACUUUGUUGCAACAGCGCAAGUCUGUAACCCAUGCCACAGCAGGGAUCGUGGGCAAAGAGGCAGUCUUGAUCAGUCAGGCAGUCAGUCAGGUAACCUGAUUCUACGGGGAAAUGAAGAUAUAGUUCCAUUCAAGUUACGCGUGUGUGUGUG